AGCGUUACCGCGCGUUUUUCGCGCCAAAUCUAGUGUUGCUUUCAAUGUGAUGUGAAAGCGUGUGCUACCAAAUCAACGGCAUAAUUCCGGUGUCUCUUAUACGCUUAUCAGUGUGUCUUCUUACGAACUGAACUAGGAAACGAAGUCCACAAAAAUGGCAAUGGUACAGACGAAUCUGAGAUUUAAGGUGAGAAAGAAUCCCCAGAGAACCUUGGUUGUGAAAGAUUUCUACGGUUCAUGCAAAGAAAAUACUGAUGCAUCACGAACGAAUGUAUGUGGAGAUAACAGUAACUCAAAGGCAGGAAUUGCUAGUGAAAAUCCGCAGCAAGAUACAGAGAAUCGUAUUGCGGCAAGGAAACGCUGUACUAGCAAUGAAGUGAAAUCAGCUGGUAGUCAAAUUGAUGGCGGGAGUCCUCCAAAGAGAGAGAAAUGCGUAUCAGCAACAACCCCAUCUACUACUCCAUCCCAACUACUGAUGAAACUGAACUUGACUAGUCCAAAAGCCAGAAGUGAUUCACAAGACGAGAAACACUUAACCCCCAAAAAAUUGUUCGAUUCAGAUCCUGCCUUUCAUCAAGCACGAAAGGCUCUCCAUUGCACAUCCUACAAUGGAUUACCUGGAAGGGAAGAGCAGCUGGAAUUCUUCCAAAAUUAUCUGCAGGACCACUUACUUCAGAGAAAGCCAGGAACUGUUUAUGUGUCUGGUCCUCCAGGUACAGGAAAGUCAGCUUGCCUGAAAAAGAUAAUGGGACUGAAAGAGAUUAAUGAAGGUUACAGAACAGUUUACAUAAACUGCACGGCAUUAAAAACUUCACAAACAAUAUAUUCACGAAUAUGUUCUGAGCUGAAUCUGAAGACCUCAACAAAAACUGUUAAGGAAUAUGUAAAGAUCAUUGAAAAGUUGCUCUGCAGCAGCAGAAAAAUGAUAUUAUUUAUUUUGGAUGAAAUAGACCAGUUGGAUAGUCGAAAUCAGUCCGUUCUGUAUACAUUGUUUGAAUGGCCAUCAAAACCUGAUUCAAAACUUGUCUUAAUAGGUAUUGCAAAUGCACUUGAUUUAACUGACAGAGUACUUCCUAGGUUACAAGCUCGUGUGGAAUUGAAGCCAAAGCUUGUUCAUUUCCCACCAUAUACAAAACAGCAGAUUGUAACUAUACUGUCUUCAAGGUUAUCAGAGUUCAAUGUAAACCAAAUAUUCAGUCCUGCUGUAGUGCAUCUUCUAGCUGCAAAAGUUGCAUCAGUGUCAGGAGAUGCAAGACGUGCUUUAGACAUUGGACGGCGAGUAAUUGAAAUUGCUGAAUCUAGACUUCAGGCAGACCCAUUGCCAUUACAGCCAAUUGCACAAAAUGAAUCAAAUUCAGCCAAUCAAAGAUCACCACAUAAAAGCACUGGAGGUGUUGAUACUAAACUAGUUAUGGAUGUUUUGAAUAACAUUUAUGGGACAUCACAAACCCUUAAUGAAGAAAGUGCAUUUCCUAUACAACAAAAGGUUCUUGUUUGCACAUUGUUACUAUUGUUGAAAAGUGGACCAAAAAAGGACAUUUCUUUAGCAAAGCUACAUGAAGUGUACCGUCGUGUUUGUAGUAGAAGAAAUAUUUUAGCUGUGGAUCAGGCAGAGUUCAGGAGUUUGUGUCAAAUGGUUGAAAUACGUGGUAUUAUCCGGUUACAAGGUGCUCGUAAAGAAGCGCGGCUCACAAAGGUUUGCUUACAGUGGGAUGAGGAAGAAGUUGCUGCUGCUCUAAAGGACAAACAACUUCUUGCAGCAAUUAUGAAUGACAAGUCUGCUGUCUUACCAUAACAGCAUUAUUAGCAUUAACAGAAAAUGCAUUGUAAUUUAUUUGUGGAGACUGCCUUGUAUUUUUUGUGCCUGAAAAUUAUUGGACAGGCAGCCAAUGAUAAAAGUGAUUGUUAAAGCAAUCAGUGUGUAUAAAUUAAAGAGUAAACUUCAUGUUGAAGUUGUCCCAAAUAUUGUCUGGAAUAACUUAUUUUGUGAUGUUGGGAGAAAUGAAGUUGGGUAAACUUGUAUCGUGAAAAUCGUUGAUAUUUUUCAUUGCACGAGAUUUUAUUUUAUUUCAGGGUUGUGUGUUUUGUACGUGGACUUUUCCUGUCAACAAAGGAAAUUAAAAAUAUGUUGAUCUUUUUUAA